AUGAUCAAACAGAAAUUCAAUCCAACACACCAACGACCUGUAUUUAAAAGAAUGUUGGCAUUUCGAGGAAGAGCGCUAUUCUCUCGACUGCAAACUAUCUGUAGAGGGGGGAAUAACCCCUCCUUUCUUUCAUGCUGUAAUCUUCCUGGCAGACGCUCGCUUUUGGGAAACGGACUGAAUGCGCGCUUUUGGGGAACUGUUCCUGAUGUUGCCGAGAGCAAGAACGAGACAUUGAAAAAGCAAGUUUUGGAAAAACGUUCGGCAGAGCAAGAAAAGCGAGUGAAGUAUUAUCUUACUCUAAUUGACCACAGUACCUUUAGAAAACAGGACUAUGUGCGAGAAACAAAGCAACUGCUCGCCGACAAGGUGUUUCUCUUUCCUAACGAGCUUUCGUCCAGUAUUUGCUACAUGUACCGUCUGGGCCUCACCAAGCUCGCCCUUGAAGUUUUCCAUUUCUACCGCAAGAACAACAUGCUCUCCCUCGUCAAUCAAAUGUCCCUCAAAUACGUAAUGCUUUGCGCGGCCGAAGUCAAGGACUCUCGGACUCUCCACAUGGCGUACAAUUCGCAGAGCGCUUCUCGCCAAAACAGCGUCAUUCUGAACUCGACCUACAUCCGCUGCCUCCUCUCCCUUAAUGAUGUCAAGCAAGCGACCUCGCUGCUCUCCUCCUUCCUCGACAACCCCGUCUACAAGCGUUCCAACGUCUCCGGCGGAAACGACCUCUACAGCAACGCCAUCGUCGGUAGUUCCCCAUUUUAUCCGCGGUGCAUCGCCAUGUUCCACUCCAUCCGCCCCAUCGCCCCCACGCUCGCCAUCGCCUCCAAGCACCAGCUUGCCGCGGGGAAGACCGAGGAAAACGGGGUCGUCCCGCUCGAGGAGGAAAAGUGGAAACUCGUCCAGAACUCGCUCUGUUAUAGCGCUGUUAUAGGGAGUUACUACCGUCUGGGGGAGUUUCAGCUGGCUCUGCAGUACUACGACGAGGCGCGCAAGCUGGGCGUAUUCCCGCGGUUCCGCGAGGGCAUGAUGAUCGCGGAGAUCCACGCGAAUUCGCGGGAGUUUGAAGCGUCGUUUUCGGAGCUGAAACGCAAAAACGUGGAUGUUUCGGGAGUUCCUUCGAGCGAGCUAGAACGGUUCUGGCUGAACGAAAGCAAAGUCCCGCAGAUGCGCCGCGCGUUGCGGCAAGUGUUCUGGAACUGGUACUACAAUCGAUCGUUCUGUCCGAAGUUCGAGCCGAAGGCGAACGCGAUUUGCACGUAUGUGGGGGAUGAGAGGAUUGUGGGGAAUGUGCUGCUGAUGCUGGGAACGAUGUAUGAUUUGAAGUAUUUCGCGGAGAAGGACUUGACGGAGACGAAGAUUCUGAUCAAAACGGGGUUGAAUGAGAGAGCGAUGGGGGAAUUGACGAAGUUCUUGGAGGAGGAGAUUUAUCCUGUGCUGCCCUAUCGAGUGGAGAAUCGAAAUGUGGAGAUUCAAGUGAAGGAUGCGCAGGCGUGGGUGAAGAACCGGAGAUUGCUGAAUUUGAGUCUUCGUUGGGUUGUUUGUUGGAUACGAAUUGCAGGGAAGGGGUGGCAGAGAAUGUGA